AUGACAUAUUUGUUUUCAUACCAAAGUCCAACAAUUUCGGGGGGGAAAGAAAGCUUGGAAAACAUCAUGCCCGGUCAUUCUGGUCUUGAGCUGUGUCCACCUCCUCCUGGUUUGGAAGCAGAAUUUGAGACACUUUUCACCUCUGAAUGCCUCACUUUCCUCCAUGAGUUAAUCUCCACAUUUGAGGGGGAAGUUGAUAAUGUCCUUUGUUUGCGAGUGUCUAAACAAGCACACUUGGACCACACAGGAGAACUGCCUGGUUUCAGACCGGACACAGCAAACAUUAGGAAUGACCCGAGCUGGACUGUGCUCCCUGUCCCAGCUCGGCUUCAAAAAAGACACGUGGACAUUGGAGAUUUAGCCCCCUGUGACAGCCAGCGUUUCAUUAAGGCUCUGCAGUCUACGGCACAAGGCAUACAGGUUGAUUUUGACGAUGGAAACUGCCCAACUUUCCACAACCAGAUCAAAGGCAUUUACAAUGUGUGGAAGGCAGUGAAAAACCAGUUCCCCAAUGUUCCUCAUAUAUCAAAGGCCCCAGUCUUGAUGCUCCGCCCACGCGCCUGGAAUAUGGUGGAGCAUAAUAUGAUGGUGGAGGGAAAGCAAGUCCCAGGGCCUCUUUUUGACUUCGGACUCCUUAUGUUUCAUUGUGGGAUGGAACUUUUCAAAACCAGAAGUGGACCAUUUUUCUAUUUAUCCAAAGUGGAGAGUUUUAUGGAAGCAAGACUGUGGAAUAAGAUAUUUCUUUGGACACAGCACAAGUUAGGACUUCCAGUGGGGACCAUCAAAGCAACAGUCCUCAUCGAGAAUGUACUAGCAGCUUUUGAAAUGGAGGAGAUCCUGUUUGAGCUCCGAGAGCAUUCGGCAGGUCUUAACUGUGGGAUCUGGGACUAUUCUGCAUCUUUUGUCAACAAGUUCGGUCACCGAGGCGCGUUCUUGUUGCCAGACCGCAGUAAGUAUGUGAACAUGGAGAAGCGUUUUCUGCGGAGCUACAUGGACUUGCUGGUCCAGACGUGUCAUAAACGUGGAGCUCUGGCCACAGGGGGGAUGGCUGCUCUGCUGCUGCCCCUUGACACAUGCAGCCAGACUUACCAGACAGUGUUGGCUUCGGUCACAAGACUGAAACUCCUGGAAAUCAAAGCUGGUGUGGAUGGUUUCAUGGUGUAUGACCUAAACCUGAUCAAACCUAUGCAAGAACUCUUUCAAAUGCAAACCAAAAGUGAAAACCAACUUCACCAACUUCGCAAGGACAUUGUGGUGACGCCAACUGACCUACUGUCCAUGCCAUCUGGCGGAGUCACUUUAAACGGGUUAAAAUACAAUAUUGCUGUUGGUGUCCUGUUUAUAAAUGCAUGGCUCUCUGGUAAAGGUCAUUUUUUCUACCGAGGCCAAGUGGAAGACUCAGCCACAGCAGAGAUCUCAAGAUCACAGGUUUGGCAGUGGAUUCGCCAUCAAACUCGACUGGAGGAUGACGGCCGAGUGGUGAACAGACAAAUGGUGGAGGCCUUCGUUACAGCGGUUACUAAGGAGCUAAGUGCCCACUGCAAAUCAGAUCGAGCCAAACAGCAGCUACAAACUGCAGCAGACAUGUUUUUAGAGGUGGUUCUAAAGAGAGAUUUCCCCGCAUUUAUCACAACUCAUCUAUCGGAAGAUCACACUUUUUUAAACACGCACAAAUCCAGACUCGACAAUUCCCCUCGUUCUAAACUGUGA